UAUAUUACAUGGCAUGGGACUGGGAAUCUAAGGAAUCUAAAUUGCAUAAGGUAAAUUUUCGGUCACCGGUGCCGGUAUAGGUUGUCACUGUUGUCUCACCCUAACUGCCCUAAGCACAUUGACGUCACUUUGGGCUGGGGAAUCCCAACUAUGGACCUCGAGUGAAUAGACCUAAUAAUUGUAGGACCCAAUCGAUGUGUGUGAUAGCAUUCUCAUGUCAUAAACAAUAUGGUUAAUAUGAAGUAUAUUAAAAUGAAAUUUUCCAUUAAUUAAUUUGUAUUAAAAUUCAACUUACAAUUUACUUGAAAGAAAGGAAAAAAGAAACAUAUCCUUGCUGAUAACCCAAGACCCAACACUGGUGAAAAAAAAAGACACAUGCCAAAAGUGCUGUAUUUUGAUUAGGUGAAUUUCGAAACACCAAUGUGUUAAAACUUCGGUAACAAACGGGAGAUCACUGCUUAAAUUGCAUUUGUAAUUAUCUUUUAGGGAAUGGGGAGGAAAGACCCCAAUCCCCUCCGUCUACUUUAAAUACCUAAAUAAGAAACAAAGAAAUCUAAUGAGAACCCCUCCCCCAAUUUAAAAAAUAUAAAAUAAGAAAACAAAAACUUGCAUUAUGUGAAUACAAACAUUGAAAUCUUUUUAGCAUGAUGCUCUAGAUGGAAGUUAACCUGGGGGAACCUUCGUGACCUGUAUACCGUGGAACACUUGCAGGCAUUACUGCUAACCCAAAAUCUACCAAUGCAUAACCAGGGGGCAGGGGUCAAAAACUGUCCAAAUAGUGAAACAUCAUUUAUUGAUUUCCCCCCAAGACCUAAUAAUGAGCUGCGUCUGUCCCCCUUUUUGUGCAUAGUCUCAGCUGCAGGACCUGUCAUUAACCAAAUCUAAAUGCCAAGAUCUCUAUUUAUUAUAUAAGAUUGCAAUCUUAUAACAAUAGCAUGUUGUCAGCUGAAACAAGACAGUUUGAAAUUAAACUCCUGACUAGUGGAAACACAGUUAGGCCUAUAUUAUAAUAUAUUAUAGUCUAGUUUAUGCACAUAGGGCCCAUUUUUAAAAUUCAAAUCAGAUUGGCACCUUGAUAAUAUGAAAGAUAGACUUACUUUUUUGAAUUUGCAAUGGAAAUCAUUUUUCUAGCAGAGUUGUGAAUUUUUUUGGCCUCGUCCUUAGUCCAUAUAAGUCAUUCAUUUUUUUUAUUCUAAUAAAAUCACUCACAUAUUAUAACAUUUUUUGCAGAAGAAAAACGUUUCAUUCAAUACUGGCAUGGCCAGAAUGGGGGACCUAGGAAAACGCAAAGUUAAAGUUUUAGAUGAAAGUACAGAUAAUAAUGUAUCAUUUUUCCAGGUAAGAACGGGUGAGAGAAGUAAGUCUGUCAGUAAGUGAGCGACACAGAAUAACAUGUCAUCAUGUAGUCAAGUUAGCUUGUUAAAGAGUCUGCUCUUUGAAUUUUUUUUUUUGGGCUUAUAGCCAUUAAUUAUCCUAGUGUGAUACAGAUCUUCAAACAUCGGUGUCAGAGAAUUGCUUGUCAUCUCAUUCUGUACUUGGGAAACAUUUUAUUUGCCUGGAGUUAAGCAAAGAUAAGAGAUCCGACCUGGAUCAUUUGAAUGCCUUUUGUUUUCUUUUUAUUACGUUAAAUCAGUAAUCAUUUUUAUAUUUAAGAAAGCAGAACAAGUGCCUGAAGCAAGUGAUGAUUCAGAUGAAGGGUCCAGUUUUUCUGAUGAUGAAGGAGAAGACAGCAGCAGUCAGGAUGAAGAAUAUGUUGAUGAGGAUGAUAGUGAAGAUGAUGAUAGUGAAGAUGACAGUGAUAGUGAUGAGGAGAAAAACGAUGAUCAGAUUGAAGAGGUUUUAGAUACUGUGACUCAAAAUGAUGAGUAUGAGUAUGAUUCCUCAGAUGAAGAGGUAAUUUAACAAUUUGCUUAAAGCAGAUGAAUCUAAAUUUAUAUUUUGUCAUAAUCUUGAAAAUAAUAGCAUGUUUAAAGUAUUUUCUAUGGCAAACUCAAAAUUUUAUGCAGCCAUUUCUGAUGAUAAAACUCUUCCAUUUAUAUGAAUAAUUUCUUUCACCUCCAAGAUAAUAAAAUAUUAUUUUAUUCUUCCAUUUUGUUGAUAGCCUUUUGUAGAAAAGGAAUGUGAUGAUAAAUAAUUCAAGUCGUCUAAUAUACAUUUAAAAUGUAACUAUCCGCUCAGGAUGUGCGCAACACUAUUGGCAAUAUUCCUGUAGAAUGGUAUGACGAUUAUGAACACAUUGGCUAUGAUGUAGAGGGCAGAAAGCUGAUCAAACCCAAUCAUGGAGAUGCCCUGGAUGAAUUUCUACAAAAAGCAGAUGAUCCCAACUAUUGGUAGAUAAUAACAUUUUACUGCUUGCUUUUCACAAUUAUGUUCAAACAAGGGAAAGUAAAUCUGGCUAAUGUUUAAGCUAAUUUUUUGAAGAAGUAAUUCUCCUUUUUUAUCGGUCUAUUUAUCUUUGGUAUAAAAUUCUGGUAGAUUCACAAAACUGUAUUUAGAAAUGGAGCUGACUUUUACAAUUUACAAUCUUAACUUUCUUUUUUAAAUGUUUUAAAAUGCAAAAAAAAAUUUAAGUGCAAGUUGUAAAAAAUUACAGAUUGAGAGAAAAACUCAUCAGUUCGGGGAAACAGAAAUAUUGCUUAUAACUUUGAACUAACUGGGCUUUAAAAUAUCAAUACUCUCACCAUUUGUCAGGCGCACAGUCAAGAACAAACUGACAGGACAAAAAGUUGUUCUCAGUGAGUCAGAUGUGAGAGCGAUACAAAGAAUACAAGCAUCAACACACCCAGAUGGCUCCGAAGGAUUGUACGCUGUGAGUACCCUGAUAAUCAAACACAGACCCUAACCCUUCCGAUUUUGUAGGAAUUAUAUGAAUUUUUUACCCCUUAUUCCGACAAACCCCCUAAAAUUAAGAUUUUCAGAACAUUAUAAUUUUUCACCCGUCAUAAAAAUCUGAAAGCGGGAAUAAAAAAAAUAUCUGGCAUGACAGGAAGUGGUGACAUUUGAUUAUGCCACUUCCUUUGUUUUUACGAAGCGUUUAAUUGUCCGGGACCGGAAGAAUAAGUUCUCGAAAUAUUUAACCAAGUCAGCCGUAACAAAGUUGCGCGAGAUAUUUGUCGUCACCCUUGUCACGUGACUACUAGUAAUCGAUCAGAGUUUACAGUAUUUUAUUUCAACAAAUUCAAGUUAGUCUGGACAUUUGCAUGAAAAAGAAAUAUGUUCAAUUCUACAAAAGAAAUACUAGAAACAUUGCUGGUUUGGAACAAAUGGCUGGAACAAAUAGUUAAAAAGUGACAAUGUUAAAUACAGCCGGAUGAAUAUCUCCUGCACUAUUUGUCAUGUUGCCGAACUUGUAGACACUGCCUUGUUUUUAUCGAAGUGAACCGUGAUCUAUAAAUCAUUCUUCAAUCAUCAAUUGAUUCUAUUGCGAUUCAUCCUUUUACUAGGCUAAAAAAUAAUUCAGUUGUGUUGUGACUUUUUUUUGUUAAAGCUUUUCUUAAUUAAAUGGAUAAAUCUAUUGAAAGUGGUUUGUACAACGAUAUUUAGAAACAUAUUUUAACACCAAAAAAAACCAACACUCAACUACAGCUAAGCAGGUGAAUCUACGACAUCCAUGUCUAAUUUCUUCGCUAAGGAAUCAGACGAUUCAGUUAUCAGAUCGAAAGUUUUAUUUACCCCCUUUCUUAUUGAAAAAAAUACUUCUCUUCCCAACUCCAAUCAUUUAUGCUAGGGUCAAAGAAAUGUUUCCAGUCUCAGAUUGUUAGAAGAUUGUGAAGAAAAAUUACAAUGAAACAAGGGCAAGCAUGAAAGUUGAUACUCUUUCUAACUUGCUUGUAACUUAAAUUAAUUGCAAUGCUAACCUUCAGUUGUCCAAAGAGCUGUUGGACAAGUGCAAAAAGGCCACUAGGGAUAUGCUGGCAAACUGAACUCUUAGCAGCCUGUCUACAUAUUUAAAUAAAAUGGAUAUUCUGUAUAAAUCUGUGCUGUAUAUAAAAUACAAAAAAUUUCAGUAAUGUUUUUCUUAUGUUCUGUGUGUUAUGUGGACUCUUGAAAGACAAUGGGAUUAACUUUAUAUUUCUUUUCUUUAUUUACUCAAAAAAAGUGUGCAUUAUUAUGUAGAUCUUUAACCAAUGCCGCUGCCCCCCACCUCCCUACAGUUUUUUUUUGUUGGCAGGUCUGCAAACAUGAUAGAGCUGAUUAUUUGUUAAGUCCGGGUGAAUUUUUCAGUGGAAUUUUUUAACAGCAAAUUUUUACAUCUUCAGCCUUGGGUUGACUUUUUCUCCAAUGAAGUUAUGAAUAUGCCAGUGACAGGGCGUCCUCCUGAUAAACGUAGCUUCAUACCUUCCAAAUGGGAGAGGCAGAGGGUAAGUGAAAUUAUUUAAACUUAUAGUACAGGUAUUAGAUUUUCAAAUGGUGAUUUGUCUUUUUUUUUUUUUAUAUGCUCAUAUCACACUGAGAUGUUAAAGUUAUAUGUAAAAGUCUUAAUUUGAAUAUCAUAUACUCAAUUAAGUUUUGACUUGAUUUGAACCAAGGUGGUUUGAUAUGGCAGAGGGUAAGUGAAAUUAUUUAAACUUAUAGUACAGGUAUUAGAUUUUCAAAUGGUGAUUUGUCUUUUUUUUUUUUUUUAUAUGCUCAUAUCACACUGAGAUGUUAAAGUUAUAUGUAAAAGUCUUAAUUUGAAUAUCAUAUACUCAAUUAAGUUUUGACUUGAUUUGAACCAAGGUGGUUUGAUAAUGACAUAGAGAAGAGAUAGCUCUGUCAUAAUCUAGAAAUCCAUAAGUUAGCAGCAAGUGGAUCUGAAUCACAUUGUAUUUAUAUCAGUAAAUUUCCUAUAUUUCUUAAAGGUUGGCCAAAUGGUGCAUGCACUGAAAAUGGGCUGGAUGAAGCCAAGAGGUGAGAUUAGAAAACUGAAGCUGACACAAGAUCCCAAUGCCCCAUCACUUGAUUUGUGGAAAGAGGAUAAUGAGGUAUGUCUUUUAAUCAACAGUUACAGAGUUUAAUCAUCAGUACAAUUUUUAUUAAUCUAUGAAAAAAUUCUACAAGUGGUCAAUGAAAUAUUUUAGUGUCAUAAGUUAAGAUUUGUACCACCCUAUAUAAGACCACUUUAAUAAUAAUAAUAAUAAUAUUUUUAACACAUAAUGUUAUUAAUUUUUAUGUGGAAUCUUUUUAUCAUAAAAUGUUCUUAAUGGCUUCUAAAAUUUUAAUAAAGAUCUUUUCUUAAAAAUUUGUCAUAAAAAUCAAAGCCAGAUAUUACAAAACGAUACAGAAUGCACAUCCCUGCACCUAAGGAGCCACUGCCUGGCCAUGCAGAAUCAUACAAUCCACCUGAGGAGUAUCUUUUUGAUGAACAAGAAGUAAGUAUAUUAAUGUAAUGAAACUUUGUUCUUGUUCACGUUUUUAAAUGUUAAUUGAUGGUUUUGGUGUUUGAGCUGGAGUCAGGGCUAUACAAAUUUCUAAAUCUCUAAAUAAGCCAUUGGAAAGAUGUAAGAUUUUGUUUAUUCAUUAGUUAAAUUAGAAAAGAAAACAGCCUUGGUGUUAUUUGCUUGAAUCAAUUAUGUUUUCCCUCAACCGUGCAGCCGUUGUUAAAUUCUUAAUAAUUAACAUCAAGCAAAUACCUUUUUUACUUAGCCUUCAUUAUCUGUCUACAGUAAGGUUGCAUUUCACAAGUUCAUUAACCGCUUAAAGCACUUAUCUUCAUGAGCACAAAAUACUGAAAAUGAAGACAUUCAUUGUUUUUAAAUUUGUUUGUGUUAAGAAAGCCACUUAACAUGAUAGCCAAGUUCCUGUAGAAAAAUUAUUUUUUUUAGCAGUCUUGAUCUCAUUUCGACAAUAACAUUUGGGGGAGGGGGGGGGGGGCAAUUUAGACUAAAUAACAUGAAAGGAGGUCCAUUUAAAUAACUACAUGAAAUGGGGGCUAAUUUAGACAAUUUCCUCAUUGCAUAUAUCAAAUUUUUCAAUGAAGUUUUAAAUUUUAAUUUUGAUUUUUUUUUUUAGGGGUUUUUCUUGACUUUUGAAGAGAGGGGGGGGGGGGGGGGGGGGGGGGCAAUUUAGACUAAAUAACAUGAAAGGAGGUCCAUUUAAAUAACUACAUGAAAUGGGGGCUAAUUUAGACAAUUUCCUCAUUGCAUAUAUCAAAUUUUUCAAUGAAGUUUUAAAGUUUAAUUUUGAAUAAUAAUAAUAUGAUGAUAAAUGUUCUCAGAGUAUUAGCAUGAAAUUCACACACUUUAAAAUUAUGUUUGAUACCUGUAGUAAAAUUGUGUUGUUGUUUUUUUUAAACAGGAAGCCAAAUGGGAAGCUCAAGAACCAGAAGAGAGACGCAUCAACUUUAAACCGCAAAAAUUUUCUGCCUACAGAUCUGUCCCUAAGUAUAGCCAGUUUGUCAAUGAAAGAUUUUCUAGGUUGUUGGACUUGUACAUGGCUGCCAGGCAGAGGAAAAUGAAGGUUAUUUUAUAGCUUUAAAAUAUUCUACUUAUAUUCAUUAAUUACGAUAUACAUAAAUUACUAUUAAUCUUUUUAAAAAAUAUGCAUUUUUCCUUGCUUAAACUCUGUUUUACAUUUUAAUAAAGUGUUUGCUAUGUUAAAUUUAAUGUUUUGCUGUUGCUUUAGAUGAAUGUUAACCCAGAGGAUUUAAUCCCCAAGAGACCUGAUAAGAAGGACCUACAGCCUUAUCCUACCAGAGAAGGAAUGGUAUGUUUUUGUUACACAUGCAUAAUCUUAAUAUUACGAAAGAUUCAUUGAUACUGAUAACAUCUUGGUUAGAAUGUGAUAGAAUAUUUCAAUAUGUAAAAGAGUUGUCAUUGCCUGAACCUUCCAGUAGUUCCAACAUAGUUUGUUGCCAGUAAAGAAAUUGGGGUGUGUACAGAAAUAUUAUUUAAAGUCAAAUUAAUUUACUAACAUAUAUUCACACUGGUAAAUCUGUUUUCUGUAAUCCUGAUCAAUGAAAACUCUUAUUUUAAUCGAAAAUCUUUUAAAACAUACAUUUUGUAAGUUCAAAACAAAUGUCUGACAUGAAAGUAGAAUAUUAUAUAUGAAUGAGAGCUGUAACACUGCAAAGUAUUUUUAGCCUAUGCAAAUUUUAACAAUCCUCAAUCAUAGAUCUACAAGGGACAUACUGAUAUGGUUAGAAGUAUCUCACCAGAUCCGUCUGGACAGUGGUUAGCUUCUGGUUAGUAACACAGUACAUUAAUGUUUUUAAUCUUUGUGUAAUCGAACGUUUGUUUAAGAAUUAAUGUUGCUGUUUGAUGGAGUCUAUUGUAAGAGAGCAUCAAUAUGUGCAAUGCUGGUCAAUAAGAUAUAAUUGUUUUACAUGUGAUGGUGAUUAUCUAAAAAAAUUCUGAGAACAAAAUAAGUUAAUUUUUUUAUGACCAUUUUCAAGGCUCUGAUGACGGCACUGUAAAAUUGUGGGAAGUUGGUACUGGUCGAUGUAUGACUACAUUGAAGUUUGCUGGAAAAGUUACUUAUGUGUCCUGGAACCCUAACCCAGCUAUCAACCUGCUGGCAGCUGUUGUGUGAGUUCACAAAUAAAACAGUUGUAAUCUUCUUAAAUUUAGUGGUACUAUUUUUGUAGAGGUUAUUUAUAGAUACUAUUAAUGUACCAUAAAAUAUUCUUUUAAAACAAUGCUCAUUUUCUUUAAAUUUUUUAACUUCAAACUAUUUAUUGACUUAAUUUUCCAUGUUUUGGCCAGCAUAUUUUGAGCACAUAUUCACUAUUGCUAAAUGUAUUGACAACAGCUUAGGCGUAUUUGUUUUCCCUUCCAAAGCAAAAUGACCUUUAUUGGUUUUUUUCUCUAGGUGACUUGUUUGAGAGUAAAAAUCUAUAUUUUCUGUCCCCAGUGGUCCCACUGUUAUUCUUCUCAACCCUGGGUUGGUAGACAAACUGGUAUGUUCAAAUACAGACAGCACACUUGACAAGUAUGAAGAUGAUGGUGACACAGCAGGUUUGCAUUAAGUUUUCUCUCAUAAAUUAAUUAAAUAUCACAAUCCGUUGGCUAACAAUCUUAUCUCAUAUAUUUACCAAGUCAGAUAGCCAGACACACUAUAUGUAGAAAUUAGAAUGAAAGUUUUGCUAUAUGCAUGAGCAAGGGAGCCUACUACCCAAAUAGUUUGUUAUUAUUUUAUAGAAUUUUUUUUAAUAGGUGCUUAAUUCUUUUCUUUAUGAUGAUAAUUAUGGGUGAUUAUGACUUUUUUUUUUUUUUUUUUGCUGGAAUCCGUCCGUCACAAUGUGAGGAUGGAGUGGGCUUUGGAGGACGAAAUCCACAUGGCCUGGGAUUAUUCUUCAAGGAUUAUGACAUUUAAGAAUUAACUAAAUGAAAUCAUUUGAAAUUAUUGUUAGCAACACAUAAAGCAAGCAUAAAUGAAUGCAAUUCACUAUAAUUCAUGUACUUACGUCACAAAAUUAAACAACCCCUAAAAACAAAGUUUUCGUAUAAGUAUAAAUCCUUAUAUUAUGUGCAUUUAUUAUUAUUUUAUUUUAUAUUAAUAUUCAAAUGACCCACCCACUUUUACACCGCAGAUUUAUUUCACCACUUCAGACAAGAAAAAGAAAAUAUCACUCACCAAACACUUGUGAUAUUUUUUUAAAAAGAAUCUCAUUCAGCUAAGCUAUCUGGAAUUUUAUUUUGUGAAAUCAGUGGCAUCAUAUUUCCUUCAUAAUCCUGUUGAAAAGGGUGAUUUUUGGAGUUUGGGCUUGGAGGUGGGGCUGAAAAUUUGAUAGAAUGUGUUGUCAUCUGCAACAAGUCUAUGCAUCAAGUUUCAGUUUGAUAGGUUUAUUUGAAGUGUUUCAAUUGGUCAAACAAAGAUUUUGCCAGCCAGAAAGAAAGACAUGAACAAAAGCGAAGUUAAUAUAAAGGAUUUAAAGGUGCAUUGUUUUACUGGUAAAUAAAAUUAUUAGUUUUUUAAAACUUACAUUUUAUUCCACAGGUAAAAAGAGUUUUGUGGAAUGGUCAACAUUCGAUGUUCUAGACCAGGAAAAAGGUUUAAGAAUUCAAGUGGUCCAUGCCAAGGUUGGUGUAACUUAAUGUUAUAAAAUAGAAAGUAUUAAAUUAGAUACAGGUAAUUACAAUAUACAAUUCUUAGAAAAUAAGCACCUACUGCUGUUUUUUGUUGACUUUAAUAUGAUGACAUUUAUAUGGGGGGGCUCACACAAAAUGAAAUUGAAGUUAUAAGUUAAUGUUGUGGAGAUUUUUUAUUGCAUGUAGUUAUCAAUCAGCAUUUUUAUAGAUUUUUUUUUUUUACUAUAAAUUUUUUUAGAGAAUCAUGAAUUCUAAAUACUUUUUUAGUCUUCAGUGCUCUGAAAAUGUUCUCACUAAAGGCUCAUUCAAUUUUUUUUUCUUGAAUUUAUCCUGCAACAUUUUAUUUAUUUCAAGGAUGUGGUUCAGUUUACUUGGCAUACGAAGGGAGAUUAUUUUGCCACUGUCCAACAAGAUGGAAGUAAGAGUCAGGCAGUUCUCAUUCAUCAACUGUCUAGGCGGCAAACACAGGUAUUGAAUUUAAACAAUUUUUAAAUUUAAAUAUGAUCCAUAUGAGUACUGUACUGUAGGUUUUGUAAAUUUAAAACAUGUUUUGAACUAUGCAUAAUAUGUUUUAUUAGAUCCGUUUCUUUUUAAAUAUUUACAUUAUGCCCAAAUAAGGUACCCCACUCAAGAUAUGCUAGAUAUGUACUAUGUAAAAUCAGUCAAUCAUCAUUUGGUUCACUCACUUAGUUUAAGGCAACUAUUUAUAAUGUUAGUCUGUACUAACAGCAAAUGUAAAAAUUUAUAUUUUUCAAAUACAGUUUAACAAUCUAAAGAAACAAAUUUACUGUAACGGUACCGGUAACAUAAUGGCUUUGCUUUUUUUAAAACUAAAAAAUCAUAAUCAUAGUGGAAUUCAUAACUUUGUCAUGAAUCCUAAAACAUGUGACUGGUAAAAUUAUGUUUCAACUUUUAUCAUUUUAGACAAGAAUUCCAUAAAUAAACUGUACAUAGGUAUUUCUUUGUCAAAUUAGCUAAAGGAAAUCUUCUGCUUCCUGAUAAAAUAAAAUUGGAUACCGGUAUCCAUAUGAAAUACUUCUCUGCAACAAACGUGUUGUAACUUUUUGAUCAUAAAAAUGUAAUAUUUAAAAAAUUCUAUUUCCCAUGUUUUCAGGCUCCUUUUUCAAAACCCAAGGGUCUUGUGCAACGUGUCAUCUUUCAUCCAGUCCAUCCAUAUUUCUUUGUGGCUGUAAGUUCAUAAUAGAAUUUUUUUUAAAUCUUUAAAAGAAUAUACUUUGGCUGUGUUUUUCACUAUUUCUGGUAAUUUAAUAAUUAAUUAAUGUAUGUUGAUAGUGAAAUUCCCUCAUCCUUUAUAAAAAAACAUUUUAAUCCACUUUUUACAAUAAAUUCAUUACAUAUUUUAAAAAUAUUUUCAGACACAACAGCAUAUUCGCAUUUAUAAUCUGGUAAAACAAGAGCUUCACAAAAAACUACAGGCAAACUGCAAGUACAUCUCUUCUAUAGACAUCCACCCAGGAGGUUUGUGUAGCUGGAUAUUUUAGACUGUUGGAUGUUAAAGUAAACCAUCUUGUAAAUUUUGAGACCAUAGGUUCUAAGAUUUAAAGAUUAAUAAUUGUGUUUAAAUUUGUUUGUUUAAAAUCAUGCAUUUAUUUUUCAAGAUUUAAAAAAAGUGAUGCUAAGACUAAGAAGGAUAUUUUAAAUUUAGCUCAGCUUGAUCCAAUCUAUUCAUUUAAAAAUUGAAGAGUUAUGAAUACCAGGUACUUGUUUGAGCUGAUAAGGAACAUAUUUUAACACUAUAAUUGUUAUAACAGCUGAUCAUUCUAAAUCAAUGAGUUUGCUUCAUAUUUCAAUUUCUAUCUUUGUGUUAACAUGCCUUUACCAGAGCUUGUUUUGUGUAUAAUCGGGUGUGAAAUUUGCUCAAUUUUUUUUACUUCCAUUGUGUCUGAUGCUGAAGAGGGCACCAAUGCCCCUCUAGACUGCACAAUCAAAACAGACUGCCUUUAUUGGAAUUAUUUAAAUUUGAUUAAAAUGAAAACAAUUAUGUCAGAGAUAUUCCUUGUGCUAGUAAUGACAGUAUAACUCUCACAGUGAUAGCUACAUAAGAUAUUGAUAAUUUUUGUCCUAAGCUUAGUCAUAUUUUUACAGAAAAUUGUGUUUGGGAAAAGAUGGAAAUUGAACAAAAAAGACAAAAAUUGGAUUCCAAAUACAUAUCCUAUAGUGAUUCAAAGACAUUUAUGUUUUUGUAUGUUACUAAAUGUUAUGGAGAAUUAAUUACUUCCAUUGAAAAGGAAUUUAUGAGCUCAUUGCUUGCUUGCCCCCUUGUAUUUUGUAGGACAGAAAUUUGAUGGCAGUGAAAGAAAUUCACCAAAAUUACACUUUUAUAUUAGUAUAAGUACCAAUAACUUGACAUUUUCUGAAAGAAUAAUGCUUCUAGUGUUUCGAAAUCUUGAUUUUAUGAUAGUUUGGUCACUUUAUGGAAUAUUAUAUUUGGUUGAAUGCAAAAGUUGAGUAGUAAAAUUUUACUCACGCUGUAAAGGUCAAGAUCAUCAUAUAUUAUAUAAGAACAAAUUCUUUUCAUACCACAAGAUACUUUGCCCAAUGUACUUUCAGAAAAUGUAAAAAUGUGAGGGUCUCUAAAUUCACUUAGUAUGGAAUUUUUUCAGGCAUAUGAAAGUGCUAAAAAUAGCUUGAUACUAAAGAAAAUUGCACUUAAAAUUUAUAGGGUUAAAUUAACAUAACUUAAGAAAACAAGUACUGGGUAACUCUUAAAUAGCUAUGGUUUCUUUUUGUAGUAAACUUUUUGAAGUGACAGUUAACUUGUGUUUAACCAGUUCUUGAGAAUAGAGUUGAAUAACCUUUUAUUUUUUGUUACUAAUAUGUAUUCUGGGGAUGAAAUGCAUUGUACCCAUUAAUUUUCAGGAGAUAAUAUUAUCAUUGGAAGUUAUGACAGCAGACUAUGCUGGUUUGACCUUGACCUCUCGACCAAACCUUACCAAACACUCAAGUGAGUCUUAAAAGAUUUCUAUAUAGUUGUUAAAACCUCUUUCUGUUAUGGCACCCACACUAAAUACAGGGGGUAAUUUGAAUAUGGGGGGGGGGGGAUAAUAUCUGAUACAGGAAAAAGAGGCCGGGGAUGUUAGAAAGGACACUUUUUUUUAAAUUAACCAUAGAUUACAUUUGUUUUAUCACACAAAGUUGAAUCUUGAAGUCUAAACAGGAGGGAAAUUGAAAUUCAACCUUCCUAAGCAUAUGGAGGCUUUUAUGGUAAUGGGGGAGUGACAUUAAACCUUUAGUUGCUCAUGUGGGCAAUUGGUAAAAAAUUUUGAGAAACGCUACAAUAGGGAAUAUUUUUUAAUAGUUUGUGUUGCUGUACAAGAACAAUGGAAGUGAAGUAUGGUACCACAAUAGGUAGCUUUGUUUGCCUAUAGGUUUAUAAGACAAACUCAUCAUUCAUAUUUUAUUUGCACCACAUUACCAUUUAAAGACUGUGCUUCUUUAUGAAUUUCCUUAGUAGUCAUGUGAUUGCCACAACUUUGAUGCUGAUUUGAUUAGUCACAAUACUGUGCUGAAACUACUAAGCCUGGAAUAUAAGUAACACUAAUAAUAACAAUAAUCAUAGCAAAAUAUAAAUCUAAGAAAGAAAAAUAUGCUAAAUCCUAAUCAACGACAAAGGAUAUUUUAAGCUCCAUGAAUUUUGUAUUUGAUCAUCCUUAGAUACCACAAAAAGGCUUUGAGGCAGGUUGCUUUCCAUAAACACUAUCCCUUGUUUGCCUCGGCAUCUGAUGAUGGCUCUGUCAUAGUUAGCCAUGGGAAGGUUUACAGGUGAGUGAUUUAUUUAGCUCCUAUUUUCGUAAUCCAUCUCAAUAUUUUUUCAAAGUAUAUGCCAAAACGUGCCAAAGUGUACUUGUUUUUAUUGCCAUUUUAAUGUUUUAGCUACUGUUUUUAUAGUCAUAUUUCACAUUGUAUGUACUAUUUUAGUGUCUCUGGUUUUUCAUUUUUCUUUUACUUUAGCAGAUUAAAUAGUUUACAUAUUUUUAAUAAUUGUAAAGGGCUUAGAGCUGUAAGGCAAGCGAUAUACAAAAAUGCCUAAAUAAUAAUAAUAAUAUUUAAUUUUGUUUAAACUGUGCAGUUUUAUGCAAUAUGGUUCACCCUUUUAGUUUCAUGCAUCCAAUGCAGAGGUCAGGUGGCUGAAAAUGUUGGUUGUUUUUUGUUUCAAAUUUUGAAUGGCCACUUUAAAAGGGUUAAAAGAAACAAAUUUCUAUUCUUUUGUCAAAUAAUUUUUAUACAUUUCCCAUUCUAAAUUAAGUGUGUAUGUUAGUUAUCAAUCAAAUAAUAUCCACACAAAUGGUAAUCUGAUGCUUAUGUCGACAUCCAUCCAAAAUACAAGCAAAAUUUUUUUUCUUCUAAAAAAAUCUGGUGAAAAAUUACAGCUGUACGUUUAACUUUUGUCUUUAUUUAAUUUUUGAAGUGAUCAACUCCUGAACCCACUGAUUGUGACAGUUAAAGUCCUGAGAGGGCACAAGACCACAAACCACAUUUCUGUCUUGGACUGCAAGUUUCACCCCACUCAGCCUUGGAUAUUUUCUAGUGGUGCUGAUAGCACAAUCAGGCUUUAUGUGUGAUUAUAAAUAUUUUUCAUGAAGCGCUACAUUUACAACCCAACCGGAUGCGGAAGGGUUCUUGAUUUGAAAUUAAGGGACAUGUUGACAUUGAUACAUUUAUAUUGAGAAGACCUGCAUGCUGCUAGCAAAGUUUGUCUACCAGAGCCAAGACAAAGCCAGAUGAUGUUAUAACAUAUGUUACAAAUGUGGUUUAAAAAAAAUAAAAAUGAUAAUACUAUUAAUACUUUUGGCAUCUUUAUUUCAAUUUAUUCUCCAGAAACAUUUUUUUUAAAAUUAUUAAUCUAAAGUAAAUCAUCUCCAAACAGCACCCAACUAAUUUUGAAAAAGUAAAAUGGUUCUGUAUUAUAAGGGAUAAUUGCUGUAAAAAAAAAAGGAACACAUUUCCAAAAAUGAUCAGGAAAGUAAUUAUCUGAAAGAGAAACAAGGCCCAUGCUAAAAUAACCACAUGCGCAUCUUUACAUCAUCAUUUUGAUGAUGCCAUUUUGUUUUCUCUCCAAAACAUUUAUCAAUUAAAGACCUGCCAGGUUUUGAUGGAUUAAGGCUAAUCUGCUUAACUUUAACAAACUUCAACUCUUUGGAAUUCACAAACCAGAGAAGCAACCGAAAUGCAUUUAAUUUAAAAGAAAAAAUAUAAAGUAGACUAUAAGUUCUACAAGGUUGGUGAAAUUAGUAAAGAAAAUCUGUAGUGUCUAUGUGUGAUUAUAAAUAUUUUUCAUGAAGCGCUACAUUUACAACCCAACCGGAUGCGGAAGGAUUCUUGAUUUGAAAUUAAGGGGUGUGGUAUCUAAGGAUGAUCAAAUACAAAAUUCAUGGAGCUUAAAAUAUCCUUUGUCGUUGAUUAGGAUUUAGCAUAUUUUUCUUGUUUUCUUUCUUAGAUUUAUAUUUUGCUAUGAUUAUUGUUAUUAUUAGUGUUACUUAUAUUCCAGGCUUAGUAGUUUCAGCACAGUAUUGUGACUAAUCAAAUCAGCAUCAAAGUUGUGGCAAUCACAUGACUACUAAGGAAAUUCAUAAAGAAGCACAGUCUUUAAAUGGUAAUGUGGUGCAAAUAAAA